AUGGACCGUGACCACGUUCAGGACGAGGUUGAUGGCACAGUACCUCGGCCAGGCUCGCCGCUUGACAUUCCUCCACCUGGUAUACCGACGUUUCUUCCCGCUGUUUUGUCUUACAUCCAGCAUCAUGCCGCUGCGCCGUUGGUUAACGGAACGCCCAUUCCGAUUGACUCAGCCGUGCUACAAUCCAUCUUGCUCUGCCUCGUCGCCAACAAGCAUCUUAUCCUUCGUACAGACGACGACGAUAUUCCCAACGUUGUCAAGCUUGCGGCCCUUACGCUUAAUUCGGUCUUCGCAUACCACCCCGUCCACCGCCUGAAGAUCAAACCGAAGGGACACCCGCCGCCUAUUACCGGCUCCUUAACGUCCUCGAGUUUCCUCAACCAUUCAGCUAAUCCGGAUGUAUUCUUACGGUCGGUGUUUCUACCUUCGACGCGUCGUUUAAUCGAUCGCGAUGCCUCUGGUAACGCGACGCCCGUACAUAUGAAUCGUGCCGACUCUCAGCACUCGCCCUCGCACUCCAAGCUACGCCAUUCCCGGUCUGGCUCAGUGUAUACCUCGCCGGACGAGGGUAGCGUGAGCACGCACGCUACAAUCCAGGCAGAGAAGAACUCGCGGCAUCAGAGACAUCGUUCGAAAUCGAGCUCUCGUUCAUACCCCCGCGUAAACAGUGGGGCGAACCUACCCAGAUCCUCCUACUCUGGCGACUUGAUGAUGCUAGCAAGCGAGACGGAAAGUGGUAAUCAAAGCGGGACCGGCCUGCAUGGUUAUUUCGGUACUGGCGGCCCCGAUCGCGAAUUCUCGCCGCCUUCUCAUUCGCCUCCUCCGUCAAUGAGACAAGUUAGUUUCAUGUCCUCACAAACCCACAGCAAAAGUGGACCCUCCUCUCCGCUACAUACUACCUCCUCUGAUUCCGCUCCUUUUCCUCCGUUGCCUUCGUCUUCUCACCAAACGGAUGAAGUCCCGAUAGUGCCUCAAGCGAUUGUUCUAUCUGGCCUAGAACACGCUAGUAGAUUGUCGCAGAGAGCCCUAGUGAGAGUACUGAUGGAGAACCGCUUGGUGUUAGAUGGAGGGGACUAUGAUGGAGAGGAGCGCGACGGAUUACCAACGCAAUCAAUGGUGGGAGGUUCAGAUGAACUCGAUGGGGUGUGGAAUUUACCCGACGGCUUCAUCAUUGUCUAUGUCUGUGGAAAAGACGCGCACGAAAGACCAGCUAUUCAUCACAGCUUGUUAGACAAGUUCGCCAUGAGUACAAACAUAACGCUUCAACCUGCGACGAGGAAUAUACUACGAACCCGCCGUACAUCUUCGUCCCACAGUCUGAUAGGCCAUAAUCACGGACAAUCGUAUCGCUCGUCACCAUCUCUCGGAACGAUGCCAUUGCCCAUCGCUGCGCCCAGACCAAUGUACCCAGGUGCACAUAAUAGCGGACCGAGCUUCCAAUCCUCUUUCUCUCAUACACAACCACCUAUACGUCCUCCCUUGACGCCUCUCCUCCCUCGACCCUCUUCUACUCCGUUCAUGUUUGAUGCAGAUCCACCACCAGGUCUCCUCCCUCCCACCCUUCUUCCAACCCUUCGAACGAUGUUCUCAUCCGAUCAAAUCCAAAUGUCCCCGAAUCUACGCCUCUACACUGCAGACUUAUUCUCCGCUGUCCGGCAUCAUCCACAACUCGAUGGUACUUUGUUGACCGCGCAAUCGCACCGGGACGCCCUGGAUCUCAUCAAGGCAGCUAGACUGCUCGGGAUCGAUCUGACUGGCAUGGAAAUCAUUAAGAUGAGUUUGGAUGAGGCGAACGCGCGAUACCGCAACAGGCAGGGCCUAGGUAGUAGCACGGCCGAAGGGGCGAGCACAGUCGAUUAUGGGGAAGCUAUGAGUGAUGUCUACAGCGGGAUCGGAAGUGGUAUCGGUUUACUUUCGCCGUUUGGAGACGCCGAGGACCAACCGUCUAUCCAAGAGAUAGAGGUAUCUAAUGACGCGGAUCCUAACCAAGAACCGAUGGAUAUUUCGGAGGCUGAUGUAGCCAGGAUUAUUCCCCGCGUCGUAUCUCACCGAGUGAGGGUUCGUGAUGGCCCGGAGGAUGAAGUCCUUGCGAGUACAUACUUCGGAGCUGUUGCUGCCAAAUCCACAGACCAAUCUCGCAGCACGGUUAAGGACAUUCUGAUCAAUAUCUUAGCAGAGGUUUAA